AAUUAUGCCGGCAAUAACUCCUCCGUCCACCAUUACUCACUAGUUUUUGCUAAAGAAGAAUUAGGCAGUAAUUCAGCAGCUUCUCUUUCAUUUGAAGUUUUAAGCUCGAUUUUGAGAGGCAAAUUGGCGUCAGAUUGUUUGGCAUGUCGACGAAUCAGAACCCCUGCCCCAACAGCAAUGCGGCUACAGUCUUGCUUCCUGAGAUCGGGCCAGAUGGCUUGGCCCGAGAAUCUCCUAUCAUAGCUUACACCGAGAAGAUAAUUGAAGAGGAGCAGCUUCAGUUGAGGAAGUACAUUGAAGAAAACUAUUCUAAGAUUCGUGACGUUGAACGAGAACUUGCAAACCUCUCAAUGGAAAUGAAGCUUACUGCCGGUCCAAAGAAAGCUGCACUUGAACACCUACGGAAGAAAAUAGAAAUGUCAACAGAGAGAAUUCGUUUGGCUAAGGUGAAAGAAGAACAAGCUAAAAAGGCCUGGGAAGCAGCAGCAAAAGAUGUGCAGGAUGAGGAAGCAAUCAAACAGAAGCUUUGCAAUGAUCUAAAUAAUCUGGUCCAGGAAAGUAGCAACAGCCAGCUUGCUAGACUGGAGGAACUGAAGCGCCGUAUGAAGUCUCUGAACCCAAGUAGAUCUUCCAAUAUACACAAGCCCUCAGAGGGAAAUCAAAGGCUGCCACAGGGUAGUACAGUUGAAGUUUCUUCUGCUGCUCAAAGCACAUCGGGACCACCUAGUGGAGCUAUGGGAACCAUAGCUACUGAAGUUAAUGCACAGAACUCCAUAAUAACUGAGCAAAACCGACAGCCUUCUAGCGACAGCGAGGGACGAGGAAAGAAGAAAAGUUCAAACCAAGGAAGAAUAAGGGGAAUAGGGGCAGUACCUAAGGGCAGAGGGCAUGCAGCACCUGGUUGGACUGGAGCUGGUUUUGAUGUGGAUGGCAGAGGUUGAGAGUGAACACAUUCCUUACCAAAUUGUGGCGCUCGACUAUUUUUUAAGACCCAUUUCUCGUUUAUUUUAUUGGACUAAAUCUAGCAGGUUACCUUGACACAAACUAACAGAUUUUUCCUGCUGAAGAAUGGAAACUGGCAACCAUCAUUGUUUGAGACUGACAAGUAAGUAAUUGAUGGUUUAAAAUGUGUUACUAUAUUAAAUUGACCCCAUCUAUUCUAUUGAUAGCCUAGUUUCACAAAAACAAGAAAUUUAUUAAAAUUGAUGGUGCAACAUUGAAAUGAAGAGAGCUCUUCUUGGAUCUCUUUCCCUCAUUAAUGUGGUAGCCAAUUUCUUGUCAUAUGUUAUAAUAACCCAUGUGCUCCCUCUAUUCAAAUUCGCAUUUAACCCUGCAUGUGCACUUUUCCAUUUCUCAUCUUUUUCCUAUCUGGUAAAUCAUUUCCACCCCCCUCUUUAUUUGACUUUUUACAUUUAUGGCAAUUGUAUUUCCAUCAAAUAAAUAAAUGUGCAACUCAUAAUUUAUCUUUUGAAUGUGUGCAUAAGCUUCACAUAUGAUGUGCACUUACAUGCAAUGGAUUGGUGAUACAAGAAAACACCACAAUAAAUAAAGUGAGUAAAUAGGAAAGAGAUAAGUAGAGACUGAAUCUGAGAUUAUUACCUUACAGAGGAAUGAUAGCUCCCCCUUACGACAUGGUGGGUGUCAGUCACACUCACUCAUUUGUAUGCUUCAAUAAUACUCCCCCUGCACCCUGUGUUUGUAUUAUUAUUUGAUGGAAUAAAAUAUGUUUUUCAA